AGUUCGCUGGUCUCAGCUCGCUCCAAGACACGGAACGUGCGUGGUUCAGUCUCAUCAAGCAUAUACGAUGAACCAGAGACGACGGAAUCAAUACCACCCUUGAACAUUGUCAAAAAGGUUCCUUUGCCGCAGCUGCCACCUAUCUAUCCGACAACAGACGCCUCGUCCCUCACUGGCCUUCCAUCAAAUACAUAUCAGCAGCAGAGUCUGGAAGAACACGACGACUUAGCGAGGUACUCGAUCGAUAGCAACGACUCGACAAAAACCGUCACGCAGUCACGAGUCGACCCUUCUAGGAGUCACUUCAGUUGGACGACUUACGCAGAGACAGAGCGGAGUGUUUCGCCGACCUCAUCAUACAUCGACAACACGAACCUCGCAGGGGAGCCAGACAGCCGCUUUAGUUGGACGACAACGAAUACAGACGCGACAUAUCAGCAAGACACACCACCCUGUAGUCCGACACCCACAUACCCUACCUCGAUCAUGUCACGACGACGCCCCGUGCCUGGAAGAGAAUCAGUGCAACCGAAAAGACACGACAGCAUGAGCGACGUCCAAGACGUGCAACAAGCAACAUCUCACAAAUUACUCCCCCAACCACCCAAGACAAGACAGGCAAUGAAUCAUGUUGAGGAACUGAUGUUCCGGCUGGAGUCACUAGAAGUGCAGAAGACGAACAUGCAGAAACUGUUCAAGGACCUCGAGAAAGUAGAUUCGGCCAGUCCGAUUGAAGUGUCAGAAAGAAUGCGACGCGAGAACCGAAAGAAAAUGAGCGAAGUGCGUGUCAGGCAGGACGAAGUGCAGAGGGAACUAUUCGAGGUUGGAAGAUUGCUGAGCCGGGCCAGGGCAAAAGCCGAAGAGGCAGAUGGAAGCACAGGAUUGUGGCUCCGUCGUGUUACAGACUGA